AUGAGCUACACACCGCAUUUCGGUGGUCACUCGUCACUCCCCACAGUGCGCGUGGGGUCUGCCACCAACUCGUUGCCUGCCGGGUUGUAUGGAAACCUUAACACAGCAUGCUCCCUUGAAUCGGGUACUCUUUUGAGGCCGCGACAGAGCGACCGCGCAUCGCAGUCCCCGCUAACCUGCAGCCAGAGGCUCGGCAAGUGCGUCGCAGGAAUGAGCUCAAUCUCUGCCAUUGACACGGCAAGCACGAAGCUCUCCGUCCCCAUAACUGCUGUGGAGCCGACGCUCGCUUUCGAGGACGAUGGCCUUGUCCCCGGACUCUGCCGCCUAUUCAUGGAGGGACGCUGCCGCCAAGGAGACCGCUGCUUUCAGGUGCAUGCGAACCCCACUGUGGUCGAGCAGCUUCGGCAGGAGGCGUUCAACACGCCGUCCUGCUGCCCGGCACAUGGCGCCAAGUGCAACAUGGCGGGAUUCCCUCUGGGCCUCGCCGUCGUCAUUGAUUUACCACGCGAGAAAGAAUCGGCCGCUAUGGUAGAGGCCCACGCCGAGCGUGACAACGGGAGCGCUGCCGGAUCUCUGUCGAACGGCGAGGCGAACACGGCUGCCACUGGCGGCGACGCAUAUAGCGGCCACAAGGUGAAUAACAGGGAGCAGGUCCCAAUUGCGCUCCACAAUGUUUGUCCCACGCGCUUCCUCUGGUCGCGCUACGAGGAAAAUGGCGGCAUGCUGCUGCACAUGCCAAAGUCGAAGAUCUGCCGCGAACAUCGCAAGGGCCUCUGCCGCUUCGGCAACGAGUGCAGCUUCCUGCAUGUGUGCCGUCAGAUCCCCAUCGUCAGCGGUGACGACGAGCUUCUCAGCCACAGCCGCACGCCGAUGCACAAUGGUACGGUGCAAAGCAGCAUGCAGGACUUCUCCCACCCGCAGUCGCUAGGCACCGCGAGCGGAUCUCUGUGCUACCACGCUCAUUCCCAGUCGUACUCACAGGCUAACCUACAACACCUCCAGGGCAGCAUCGCCAUGUCUCAUAACGGCUCGUUCAUGGACGGCUCUCUCGGUAACAGCCAAGCCAGUUCGCGGCCGCAUUACUCACGCGUUCCAACGACUUCGGAGAGCUAUGGUGGUCAUCAGCCACUGCUGCGACCACUCGGUGGCGUGCAGAAUUCGCACAGCAGUGUAGCAGCCCGUGGGUCCUUCUCGCACAACCCCUACGCCGAGGCAUCCUCGUUUCAAAGCUGA